AUGGCAGAAGACAAUAGUUCUUCAGUGGAUCGUACGAGCCAUAUUUUAGCCGUUGGGCCAGCAUCUCGUGAUCUACAGACGGUGUAUCUGGUCAUCUCCCUGGUAGUGUCGGUAGGGUGCGGUCUGCUUCUGAUAUUCUUGGUCUGGAAGAAAGAGUACCUGCAGAAGCCCAGCCACUACCUACGGUGUAACCUGGCGGUAGACGACAUCAUCUCCACCGGCUGCCUGAUCCCCGUCCACAUCUACGGACUUUUCCAGCAAGACGUCGGUAGCGAACAGCUGUCGUGUUCGGCAAAAGGACUGCUGUUGCCCGCAUGUCAGAUGUCUAUGCUGGGUACGUACCUCAUGAUGUCGGUAGAUCUGUACUAUUGCAUCUGCCAUCCCCUUUACUACCACGACAAAGUCACCACAAAACGUGUGAUGGGCGGCAUUCUGGCGAGUAGAGUCAUUUCCCUGAUCUUGGGACUAGGACCUGUGGUGUUCGGUGGACUGCCCACUCUUAAUGCCAACCUACAGUGUGAGCUAGAACCUGUAAACAGUGCCAGCGUAGCCGCCAUCCUUAGAAGCGUUAAUAUUAUUACUUUGAUCCUCGCUGGUUUCACCAUCCUCAUACUCUACUACUUCGUCCUGAAGGAAGCCAGGAAACAACAGGCAAGGGAUGAGAACCGCACCAUGUGGCUGUUCCAGACAAAGGCAUUCAAAACAAUGGCACCGCAUGCUGUUGUUUUCACCGUGUCCGCCGGCACUGCCAUCUUCAAGGUCGCUAUGGUACGAGGUGUGGUCAGUACGGACCAAAGGUCAUCCCAAACCAUGAUUGUUGCUGACCGCGUGGCCCUCCUCUUGAUGCUGACCCUGUCGUCCAUGGCCAACCCCAUCAUCUACAGCUUUCGCCUCUCCGAGUUUCGCAAAGCCUGUAAGGAACUGUGUGGCUUGCCGACCAGCCUACCUGUGGCACCGAACGCACGACGGCAGCAGGACAUGAACACGGUCGUACAUUCUCUCACCCAAGCUUCAAACCUUCCUCCCACAAACCGGGAGACGGUGAGCGAAACACAGGCAGACACCAGCAUCAAGCAUGCGCCCAGUGGCCCUUACGCGCGACCAAAGCAGCUUACUACGCGGGCUGAAGUGCACGCUGCCCCGGCACCUGUUCCUGCACGCUGCGGUGAAGCUGUGACAUGCACCAUUCCAGGUCAGGUCAACGUCGAUGUCGAACCAGCACACGACUCGACACCAACUUCAGAAUCCGAGACGGACGGGGUUAUAUUCAUCUGA